AAGGGCAGAUGAAUAAUAAGCGGUCGCCCCCGCGUCCAGGUGGAAGAUCCCCUUCCCCCUAAUAUUUUCUUUGCAGGCAGGUCGGCUCGGAAGAGUUCGGGGUGGGGGGAUGAAGAGGUUCUCGGGAGUCCUUGCAGCAGGCUGACUUGCAAGACCAUCAUGCGGUGCCGGGGGCAGACUUGCAGGGCGCUUGCGAGCCUUUCCGCGUCACGCCUCGUCCCACAGCUUAUCCGCAGUCCUCGCCGGGGCUGAACCGGGAGCAGGAAAGCGAGGGCGUGAGGAGGAGGAGGAUGCGUCUGGCCACAGGAACUCCUGCGCCGGCCCCUUUCGAGGAAGGAGCACCAAAGCGUCGUUUCCCUGCUGUUCGUCUCCUGGGCAGGGAAGGCGGCUUUGUUUGCAACGCUUAUUAAACGCGCGUCCGCCUCCGCGCCUCUCGCUUGCUCCGCGGGGCAGGUCCUGCGACGCUGGUUUCUCCCUGGCGCAGCAGCAGCACCCGGUUUCUUCGCCGCAUGCACAGUUGCGCCUUCUGCCGCGGUGACAAGCGGCCCAUGUCCUUCCCUGGCCUUUCGUCCUCUUCGCCUCUCCCCUGUUUACAACUUAUCUCAGGAGGCGAACGGGUCGCCUAGGCUUGCAGAUGCCCGGAGCCCCGGCGACAGGCGAGCAGUUUGCCUGUCUGCCAUGUGAAGCAUUGCCCCGAGCCUAGGGAGAGGGGGCGACGGCACUAGUGAUGGUCAGUCAUGGCUUGGCUGGGCGAGGUGCAGUGGCUUUCUCUGCUGCCCCUGUUUGUGUCUGCUUUGGCCGUCGUAGUCGUCUACCUGGUGCAGUAUGGCCUGAGCGCCCUCGGGCGAGGCGGAGAGAAGCCUCUUCCCGCGCCCCAGUCGGAACUUCUUCAGGGGGACGAGGAGUCUCUCUUCGCCUGGCUGCUGUCUCUGAACAGCUGGAGGCGCGAGUGGCGGAAAGCUUGGAUAGCUGCGCUGAAUUGGGAAGCCAAGCGGAGGGAGGCUGUCAGUAAAAUAAGCCUACCACUUCUCUCCCCACCACCCCAGGAUUCACACUUGUUUACGUUUGAAGAAGAUGCAGCUCCUCAACCUCUUGAGCUUGUUGUGCAACAAGUUGUCAGUGUGAUAAAGUCUGCUGAAGAAAAGUGUCUUCUGAAACGGGAGCAGCCUAGCUUAUCUAAGUUUCCACAUGUUCAUAGAGGCAGUAUUAACCCAGUAUGUACUGUUCAGCUCAAUGAUCCUUUGCAAAAGUUUUAUAGUUCUGUCGCCAGUAAUUCCACAGACCUCCUUUGGAAAGAAGAGUUCAUUUUUGAACUUAAUGCCAGAUCGAAAGAUCUUCAAGUAAAGGUCUUCGAAAAUGGGGAAAUGGAUAGUGGUUUCUCUGCUUUGGCUACUGUACCUUUGGACCUGUUCAGAAAACAGCCUUCUGGGCAAAGAAGCUUUGCACUGAACAGCAAGUUCAACAGCAACAGUACUUCAGUAGGAUUUGUCUCUGCAGAGUUCUCAUAUAUCGAACCUUCUGAAUCCAGAAAUCUGAAAGUUCCUGCCAUGCUUCCUGUUGCAAAAGUAGAAAAGGAUCGAACUGUGAUGCCCUGUGGGACUGUGGUCACUACUGUUACUUCUGUGAAAGCCAAACCUGCUCUGCAUUCAGAUUCACCAAUGAGAAGUCCUGCUAAAAUUAAAGUAAUUGAAAAGGAUUUAUCUAUUCAAGCAAUCCACUGUCGGAAGGCUUCAGUAAGCAAAGCUUUAUCUUCCUCGGAUACAGAAUUACUAGUUCUGAAUGGCACAGAUCCUGUUGCUGAAGUUGCCAUUCGACAGCUGAGUGAAUCCGCAAAGCAGAAGCUCAAGUCUCCCAGGAAGAAAAGCACUCUCAUUAUAUCAGGGGUAUCAAAAACUAAUUUAUCUCAGGAUUGUGAGGCUGCCCUCAUGAUGGACUAUGCAGCAGCCAUGGAUGGCUCAUAUUUACAGAAUGAUGCUAUUGCUCUGGAGGAGCAAUCACCUCCGGAUGAGGAACUGUCAUUGUCGGUCUCCCAAACACUACCUUCCCAUGAAGGCAUCCAGGAAAACAGCCAUGAUGCCUGGACCUUAGAUGACAGCAGCCAACAGUGGCAUCGCAAUGCACUACUAGACCAUGACUGUGAUAAGGUGUCUGAGAGCUCCAUAAGCAUCUCAGAAUCUGAAGCUGUGAAGAAAUCCAAAGGUGGAAUAUUAAAAAAGGGUGCAAGAUUGUUUUUUCUCCGACGACACCAUCUGAAAGACCCAGGCAUGAGCCAAUCACAUAACGACCUCAUCUAUCUACAACAGCCAACAUCCGAUGGUACGCGAAGAAAGGGAGGAACCCUUACACGCAUUCUCAACAAGAGAAUUAUCUCUAAGAGCAAGAGCAAAAACAAAGUGAAUGGCACAUCAGUUGAACCAUAUGCAUAAAAUCCAGUUAUGCGAUCGGCUGUUUACAGAAAUAUAAACAAACUGUCAUGUGCUUCAUGAGAUUUGCUUGUGCUGUGGUCCAUAGAAGAGGCUGGAAAACAAAGGAGGGAAUGCAGUGUGGAAAAAGUCUACACAACUUGAAAUAAUCAUAAACCUAAGGUCCGUAUCCUAACCCAUACUCACUUGGAAGAAAGCUGAUUUGAAGUAAACAGACUUUAAUCCAAAAUUCAUCCAGGAAUUAAGUUUUUAAAAGUUGUUUUCCAGUUAUGAAAAAUAACCUGAGCAUAGGAACAGUGGAGGCUACAUAGUAGGUGAUUGUUUGCAUGAGUUAAUAAUGUUUUAUGGUCAUUUUUAUAAAGAGUACAACGAAGGAUAGCAAUAUAAAUGUUAAACAGGGUAUUGAAAAAGACAAAUAAAUUAAUGUGAAUUUGGAAAUGCAUUAAAUAUUUUUAGAAGGA